GCCACACGUCACAGCAACCCCAGAGCCCAGCGACGCCACUGGGCGAUUGCACAUGUCCACGCCAAAUCGGUGAUUCCACCGAUCGUACUGAUCAGACCGCCAUGGACAUUGGCAAACGGAUGAUGGAGAAGUGGGGCUGGGCCAAGGGGCAGGGCCUUGGCAAAGACAACAAGGGCAUGACCAGCUGCCUGGUGCUUCGGAAGGAUUCGGGGAGCUCUACGCAGGGACGCAUUGAGAGUGUAGGGGAAGAGCCCACAUUGGCCCACGAGGCGGCGAGCCUUGCGGCCAAGUCCCUGCUCAGUUCCCUUGGAGCUGAGCUGGGCGUUGGCAUGCCAGAUCCCGUCGAUCUUCCAGCUGAUGCGCCAAAGAAGCGCAAGUCACGCUGGGAUGAUGGUGACGCAGUGCCCACACCGGAAGUUCCACCGCUGCCGGUGGAAGUUCCCACGCUCGGGCAUCUUCAAAUGGUUCCUGCAGGUCCAUCCGUGCCCAUGUCAGGCGAUGGCUACCUGGGGGCACCGCCGGCACCGGCGGCGUCCACGGCGUCGAGCAAUCCCAACUUCGGCCUCAAUCAGGGUGGACAGAAGCCACGUAUGCCCUACAUGUGGCCGAAGCACGUGGACGACUGGCGUUGGAGCAAAGGCUUCGAGGCCACGUACUGUUUCGAAGAAGUGGGCCUCCCCAGCGGCAUGCUUGAAGUAGCACGAAGGAUCCUUGGCGACGGAUCCCGUUUUCCGACUCGUGUUGCCGAUGCCACCGACUGCAAUGUGGAAGUCACUGCCUGGGGUAGCCUGCUAGUGAGACCGAAGGGGACUGGUGGCGAUAUUGACAAAGCCAAAAGGAUGCUUUUUGAGGUCUUACACCCAGCCGCAGAGGCGCUGCGCUCGGAGGCCUUUGAGGUCGAGGAGAUGUCGCCGGACCAGGAUGCCAAAGAAGCAGACCAAGUGGGUCCCCGCGGUUUGGUUGCAGAAGAAAAGGAGAAGGAACACUUGGCCAACCAGAAGAAGCGAAGGGUUGGCCUUGGCUUGGUUGAGGGUGAGACCUCAACGGUGGAUGAGGCAGCACCGCUCGAAUCCGUGGCCAUACCGCUGGCAACACUGGAGGAUAUGCAAACCAUUCAAAGACACAUCAACGACCUCCGAGUUGCCACAGGCGUCGCACCGGUGUUGCAAGACUUCGCCUUGAUCCUGUACGGUGGCGAGAAGAAGCUGCAUCGAGCACAGCAGCUGGUGCAGACGUUGCUUGAAACUGGUGAAUGGGUUGCCUUCUCGGAAGCCUUCGUCCUUUCAGAGGAGACGAAGCAAAAGCGACGUGGUGACGGUCCAUCCACGCAGCUUCUCAUCAAGUUGCCCGAGUGCGCGGGCAUCAAGGUGCUGGAAAAACAUCUCACGUCCAUGGAGCUGGCAGCCGAAGCAGACCAGUUGAAGCUGACCUCUAAGCCGGUGGCCGGAAAGCGAACGCUCAUGGUGGAAGGUCCACCGAAAGCGCAUGAGCGUGUGAAGCUCAUGGUGAAGGAACUCAUGGAGAAAGGCCAAUCGCCCAUGCUCACGAAGUUCCUGAACGGCUCCAAGGCUGGCACUGGUCGUCUUCCUCAGAGUGUCGGUGCCAAUCCGGCAAAGGCUCCGGUCUCUGUGAGCAGCACAAUUGCACCCGGUGUCAUUGCAGCUCCACCCGUGAUAGAGACAAAGAAAGAAGUCAAGGAAGAGAUUAAGGUGAAGGAAGAAGUAAAGGAAGAGCCGCUUUCUGAUGAGGAGGGGCCGAAAAAGGAGUUGCCCAAGCUCAAUGCCGGAUGGCGUUUGAUGGCGCCGCCCACACGCAUGAAGGCCACAAAGGCAAAGGCCAAGCCACCCAAAGCAGAGGCACAGGCAGCAGAUGACCUGUUCGCAGAUCUGCCAGAGCCUGGCAAAGCCAAGGUUCCAGAAGCCACAGCCACAUCUAUUCCAGAUGGCAUCACGGAGUAAAAUAGGUUCACAGUGAAUCCGUUCAGAAGCACUGGCAGCCAGUCCGCUGAUGUCUUGCAUCAUAGGCGUUCUCAUCUUCCACAGCCAAGUCUGCAGUCAUGGUCUUGGCUUAAGCUGCAGUCCGC